AUGUUGCACUUCAAUCCAACACCUGCCAGUGUCCCCCCUCCAAAUAAUCCAUUGGCUUUCAUCUUGCGCGCAGCUCAAAUAUACCCCGACAAAGUCGCUUUGGUGCAUACGGACGUUGAAUAUCCAGUCACAUACACCUUCUCAGUUUGGGCACAACGCAUACAGAACCUCGCGUAUGCUCUGAUCAGAGCAGGGGUCAAGCCAGGAGAUCGCGUUGGUGUCAUUGCCCCUAAUUGCCCUUUGAUAGCAGAUGCGCACUAUGGAAUCAUGGCAGCUCGAGCCGUCAUUACUCCAAUCAAUACACGCCUCAAACCGACUGAAGUGACAUAUAUCAUUGAGCACAGUCAAUGCUGCUUUUUGCUCGUCGAUCACGAAUACCAGAAUCUUGUUCAAGAUGUCAAUGUCCCCUUCGUGGUAUCUAAAGAUACGGGUCGGUCUGGAGAUCCGUACGAGGAUUUCCUGAACUCAGGACGGGAAUUCAGCAACGAAAGAGGUUGGCCAGGUUUGGACCCUGAAGUUGACGAAAACGCGCCUGCAGUGCUUUGUUAUACCUCAGGGACGACGGGACGGCCCAAAGGCGUUGUCACUACACUCAGAGGUUCUUAUCUUGCUGCAGUUGCGAAUGCAUUUGAAGGACGCAUGAAUCACGACUCUACAUAUCUGUGGAUAUUACCUAUGUUUCACGCUGCAGGUUGGACAUUCCCCUGGACAAAUGUAUUCUCAUUCGCGAAGCAGGUUACCUUGCGUACCGUUAAUUACACACAAAUAUGGAACCAUUUUCGUCACUCCGGGGUAACUCAUUACUGUGCUGCCCCGACCAUUGGCAUCGUCAAUGAUCCACAAGCAUCUAAACUCCCACAUCAAAUUACAGCGAUUAUAGCUGGCGCUGCACCCACCGCUCAUCUUAUUGCCGAGUUGCAAAAAAUAGGCAUCAACCCUGUUCAUGUAUAUGGUCUAACGUCAACAUAUGGACCGUUUACUCGCAAUUAUGCACAACCGUCUUGGGAAAACUUACCUCUAGAUCAACGAGCUCGGCUAAUGGCUAGGCAAGGCCAUGCUUUCGCGACUGCCGAUGUUGCUCGCGUUGUAUUUGCAUCACCAGAAGGCGAUCUAAACGCACCUUUGGUCGAUGUACCUCGAGAUGGAAAGACGGUGGGCGAGAUUGUAACCAGAGGCAACAUUGUCAUGAAAGAAUAUUUCCGUGAUCCAGAUGCCACCAAAAAGGCGUUUGCAGGAGGAAGCUUUCAUACAGGUGAUUUGGCAGUUAUGCACCCAGAUGGCUCUAUUGCAAUCAUGGAUAGAAGCAAGGAUAUCAUUAUUUCUGGGGGAGAGAACGCAUCUUCACUUGCCAUUGAACAAGAGCUUUCGAGCCAUCCGCACGUUCUAGAAGUUAGCGUAGUAGCUCGGAGUCAUGUAAAGUGGGGCGAGCGCCCAAUGGCCUUCGUAGUUCUUCACCCACAACAUGUUGCAACUUGGCGGGGGCGCCAUCAUCUCUUCGAAAAAGAUCUGAAGGCGCAUGCCAGAUCGAGAUUGCCAGGUUUUGCCUGUCCUGAAUGGGUGGAAAUUGUCCCUGAAUUGCCUAAAACUUCGACGGGCAAAAUCCAGAAAUUAGAACUGCGGAAAAUUGUGGCGAAGCUAUAG